UAGUAGAUAAAAAUUGUUCAAUAACUUCACUAUCAUAACUUGUGCUGGUUUAUAUAUGAAAUAACUGUCUAAAAUUAAUUUUGACAUAGGUAUCAACAUGGCGCUCCUUCGGUUCUUAUUAUUUGCUGCAUUAUUUGCAUUUUUGGAAGCUGAAAAUACAAUAUCUUCGUCCGUUAAUGCAGACUUUGACUCGACAUUAAAUGAGCCCAAUGUCCACGAUCUCCUAAAACGUAUAGUUGAUCUUGAGGAAUACACCAAAAAACAAGCCGGUUUGCUAGAAGAACUCAAACGAGAUCAUAGACAAGAAAUGAUAGACCUGAAGGAAGAGCUUUUAAAUCAAAAGGAUGAAAAUGAAGCUUGGCGCGAGAAAAGUAUUCAAAAUGGUCGCCUGAUUUCUCAACUGACGAGGCGAAUAAAGAUGUGCACUUGGAACUCCAGGCGUAAACAUAGAGAUGGAAAACCUGUAUCGGCAGAGAAUGGGGUUCAAAAAUCGUCAAAAAUGUCGGAUAGAAUCCGCAGCAUAGCAAAUGAAGCGGCUGUUGCAUUUACUGCUGGUCUUUCAAAAACAGCACAACAUGUUGGUGCUCACCAGAACGUAGUAUUCGACCACGUAGAAACUAAUAUCGGAAAUGGCUACAAUCCUCAUCAUGGUGUUUUUACUGCCCCAGUGUCAGGUCUCUAUGUGUUCUUUACGUCCGUGCUGGCUGAUCACAAUAGAGAAGUUUGGUGCAACCUGGUCGUUAAUAAUGUAGUCAAGACAUCCGUGUACGCUCGCGGUACAGACGGAAGACAUGACCAAGGAAGUCAAAUGAUUGUUACACAACUUCAACAAGGAGAUGAUGUUGCCAUUCAGAAUUAUGAAGUUGAUGACGCAAUAUAUGGUAGCACCUUUUUUUAUUCAACGUUUAGCGGAUUUCUCCUUCUUCAGAACGAUGAUGUCAAUACCAUUGUUGGCUAAUUGUUUUGCCGCGUAGAUGCCAAUGAAAUAGUAAAAUUA